AGUCCUAGGGAGCUAGUAGAACUCAUGAUGGUGGUGGUGGUAGGGGCGAGUGUUGAGCCAGUUAGUGAGGUUGCUGACAUGACCUUGAGCCUUAAGAGAUACCACAGAGAUGCUCCGUGCAGUACCAUGCACGAGGAGAACAAACUGGGAAGAGCAAACACCCCUGACAUCAGAUAGUUGGGAAUAAAUCAUGGUGAUGUCUUCCACUUCAGAGAAGUUCGUGCUCCUCAAGCCACAUUCCAGCCCCAUCUUGCUGCUUAGUUCCCUGCUUUCCACUUUCCUUUUUGCCUGCAGUGUCGUCUGCCCCACCUUACCCUGCCGCAUCCCUACUCCUCACCUUAGUUCUCAGAGAUGACUCCUCCGGGAAGCCCUCUCUGAACCCCAGGCUGUCUGGGUUCCCCCAUUCCAGCCCUGGUCACUUUGUUAAAGUGUGGGGGAAAGGAGGGAGGACAUCUUAAAACCAAGAAUAUAAUAGAAUGAAACUGAGUAUGUAUUCAUUACUCAGAUGAUCUGGGCAGAUGCCGGUAGACCGAAACCCAGUGAAUGGGAUCGAGUCUCUCGGUCUUCUUCCUUCCAUGUUUUGUUCUUGGUACUCGGCGAUCCUCAGCGAUGCCUCCGGCACCGCCUCUCCCGGAGCCCGCCCCCGCAUUGCCGUGCGCACGCGCAUUAUCAUGAUUGACUUCGCCCCAGUGGAGUGACGGGCGGGAUCAGCCAAUGGAGUCGUGACGAAGGUGGAGCAGCACCUCGAGGACGCCCUGCGGAUCCUGCCUCAACUGAAUAUUAAUGAGGGAGGCGGGCCGACGCCGCUUCAAGUCGCGACCGGCGCCAUGAAGCUCAACGUGGACGGGCUGCUGGUCUACUUCCCAUACGACUACAUCUACCCGGAGCAGUUCUCCUACAUGCUGGAGCUCAAACGCACGCUGGAUGCCAAGGGUCAUGGAGUCCUGGAGAUGCCCUCAGGCACUGGGAAGACAGUGUCCCUGUUGGCCCUGAUCAUGGCGUACCAGCGGGCGUACCCACUGGAGGUGACUAAACUCAUCUACUGCUCGAGGACUGUGCCUGAGAUUGAGAAGGUGAUUGAAGAGCUUCGAAAGUUACUCAACUUCUAUGAGAAACAGGAGGGCGAGAAGCUGUCGUUUUUGGGGCUGGCUCUGAGCUCCCGAAAGAACCUGUGUAUUCAUCCGGAGGUGACGCCCCUGCGCUUUGGGAAGGAUGUCGACGGAAAAUGCCACAGCCUCACGGCCUCCUACAUAAGGGCACAGUACCAGCGGGACCCCAGCCUGCCCCACUGCCGCUUCUACGAGGAAUUUGAUGUCCAUGGGCGCCAGGUGCCCCUCCCCGCCGGCAUCUACAACCUGGACGACCUGAAGGCCGUGGGGCAGCGCCAGGGCUGGUGCCCGUACUUCCUUGCCCGAUACUCAAUCCUGCACGCCAACGUGGUGGUCUACAGCUACCACUACCUCCUGGACCCCAAGAUUGCCGACCUGGUGUCCAAGGAGCUGGCCCGCAAGGCCGUCGUCGUCUUCGACGAGGCCCACAACAUCGACAAUGUCUGCAUCGACUCCAUGAGCGUCAACCUCACCCGCCGGACCCUGGAUCGGUGCCAGGGCAACCUGGAGACCCUGCAGAAGACGGUGCUCAGGAUCAAGGAGACGGACGAGCAGCGUCUGCGGGACGAGUACCGGCGCCUGGUGGAGGGGCUGCGGGAGGCCAGCGCCGCCCGGGAGACCGACGCCCACCUGGCCAACCCCGUGCUGCCCGACGAGGUGCUGCGGGAGGCGGUGCCAGGCUCCAUCCGCACGGCCGAGCACUUCCUGGGCUUCCUGCGGCGGCUGCUGGAGUACGUCAAGUGGCGGCUGCGCGUGCAGCACGUGGUGCAGGAGAGCCCACCCGCCUUCCUGAGCGGCCUGGCCCAGCGCGUGUGCAUCCAGCGCAAGCCCCUCAGGUUCUGCGCCGAGCGCCUCCGCUCCCUCCUGCACACCUUGGAGAUCGCGGACCUCGCUGACUUCUCCCCUCUCACCCUCCUGGCUAACUUCGCCACGCUCGUCAGCACCUACUCCAAGGGUUUCACCAUCAUCAUUGAGCCCUUUGACGACAGGACCCCAACCAUCGCCAACCCCAUCCUGCACUUCAGUUGCAUGGACUCCUCACUGGCCAUCAAACCCGUGUUCGAGCGCUUCCAAUCCGUCAUCAUCACAUCUGGGACGCUGUCCCCGCUGGACAUCUACCCCAAGAUCCUGGACUUCCACCCCGUCACCAUGGCAACCUUCACCAUGACGUUGGCUCGGGUCUGCCUCUGCCCCAUGAUCAUUGGCCGUGGAAAUGACCAGGUGGCCAUCAGCUCCAAAUUUGAGACCCGGGAAGAUAUCGCGGUGAUCCGGAACUACGGAAACCUCCUGCUGGAGAUGUCCGCUGUGGUGCCCGACGGCAUCGUGGCCUUCUUUACCAGCUACCAGUACAUGGAGAGCACCGUGGCCUCCUGGUAUGAGCAGGGCAUCCUCGAGAACAUCCAGAGGAACAAGCUGCUCUUUAUCGAGACCCAAGAUGGGGCUGAGACCAGUGUGGCCCUGGAGAAGUACCAGGAGGUGGGUAUUACCUGGGGAAGAGGAAAGUCCAGGGUGGAGAGGGGCCAGAGGAGGCAGCUCCGAGGUGACGCAUCUCGUGUCCUGGCCUCCCCUCUGCAGGCCUGCGAGAACGGCCGUGGGGCCAUCCUGCUCUCGGUGGCCCGAGGCAAAGUGUCUGAGGGAAUUGACUUUGUGCACCACUACGGCCGGGCCGUCAUCAUGUUCGGGGUGCCCUACGUCUACACCCAGAGCCGCAUUCUCAAGGCGCGACUGGAAUACCUUCGGGACCAGUUCCAGAUUCGAGAGAACGACUUUCUGACCUUCGAUGCCAUGCGCCACGCGGCUCAGUGUGUGGGUCGGGCCAUCAGGGGCAAGACUGACUAUGGCCUCAUGGUCUUCGCCGACAAGCGGUUUGCCCGGGCCGACAAGCGGGGGAAGCUGCCCCGCUGGAUCCAGGAGCACCUCACCGACGCCAACCUCAACCUGACCGUUGACGAGGGGGUCCAGGUGGCCAAGUACUUCCUGAGGCAGAUGGCACAGCCAUUCCACCGGGAGGAUCAGCUGGGCCUGUCCCUGCUCAGCCUGGAGCAGCUGGAGUCGGAGGAGACGCUGCGGAGGAUAGAGCAGAUCGCUCAGCAGCUGUAGCGGGGCCCUAAAAGGAGUUGGCCCUGGGUCCCUGCAGCUUGGAGGGCACCUCCAGGGGAGGUGCUUAAAGGUCCCUGCAGGACACCUCAGGCAGACGUU